AUGCUGAACUCCGAUUUGGGGAAGCCCCAAGAUGACGUGGCAGUGUACGAGUACACAGACAUCCCAAUGCACGUGUCCUUGCCCAGGUACGUUUAUAAAUUUAAGCCAUGGAACAACGACACGCGUUAUUUAUACCCCCCCGAGAAGAUGCAGGGAGAAAUAGACGACCUAAAUUUGCUGAUGAAGUCGAUGGUUCCCAGAAUCUCCACCCUGUUCAUGUCGACCAUCUCGUGCAACCUGAUGCUGCUGAGCUUCUGUGGACUCAUCAUAUUCUUUCACUUCAAAAAGGACGUGGACACUUCCUUCAUAUUUGCAUGCAUCUUUUUAGGGUCCUUUAUCCACUACGUUAUAAGCAUAGUGUGCAGGUACUUAAUCACGAAGGCUGUGAUCAUGGCCGUGGAGUCCAGGCUGAAGGAGCUGAACGCGAAAUACGACAGCGAGAAAAUUUAUUUUAAGUUAAUUAAUUUAAGCACCAUAGGGUUCAAGUAUUUGAAAUUUCACUGGGGUUACAACAACACUGUGCACUAUGCGCUGCGCGUUGUGUACAAGUACUGCGUGAUUAUAUGA